GCCUACUGUUGCAGUGAUCAGAUAUUUUGUGAAAGCUCCUCUUGUACUGCUACCGAGUCAGGGCCUCCACUAGCUCCUAUCCUCCACGAACCAGAGUUCAUUUUCCAGACUGGUCCCUUCAGUCACAUUGUUACUAUUCUGGAGCGGAGCUCCUCAGCCCUAUUACUGUAUUGCAUCUUUAUCUUCCUCUUGCUAAAGUGGUUGCAAGAGACUGUAGCACAAACAAAAAUAGGCCAUGGGCACAUUCCUUUUGCUUCACACCUAUUAUGCACAUGCAGAAACUCUUUCUCCAACAUACUAGGAACUCCAGGUAAAGACCAACUAAGAUUAUCUUUUAUAUCUUAAUGCAGUUUUCCGCUCCUACUGUGCCAGGAAGAAGCACUUCCACCAGUUUUAGCAAAUUUUGUAUCCAGCGAAGCAAGCCUACCUAUAUCACUAAAUGGAGAGUCGGUGAAGCCAGUUGACG